GCUGCCAGCGGCCUCGUUUUCGGACCUCACUUACCACCGGUGGGCAAGCACCUUGGCAAGGUUCACUCUACUAUUGGAUCCGGAUCUGGUAAUCUUCCCCUUCUCAUUAUGGGGAAGGCAAGGGGUAAUAAAACGAUGUCUGGCUCCAGCAAGUCAUCUGAUGGUGGUCGCAAUGGCGAGUUGACUUCUGGCGUAGAACCAGCCUGCUUUCAAACGGAUAGAUCCGAGGCUUCUUUGACGUCUAAUAUGUCAAAGACAGUUGGAGAAGAGGUGAGCGAGUUUAGGCAUAAUACAGCCCAGUCACAAGCAGAAAUAAUUAAUUCUGCUGGUGACUGUGCUGAUGAUGAAGAGGAUGAUGCGAUGGAUACCGAUCCACCCUCAGCUGAUGACUCAAGUUUGACAGGGCCGAAUUCAACCCUUACGGACAUUCCCUUGCCAAAGGAAGGCAAACUUUCAUCGGCAAACAAGAAACGUGCACAGCCAGUUAAAGCUUCCACAGCUUCGGCCUCCUUAGCAGUUUCUUCGGCUUCAGCACCGUUGAAAUACAUCGGUCCCCAGGUUACUCCAGAAAUCGCUAAGAAAUUCGGAUUACAGUUCUCGAAAGAAGAAACUCCUACUGGAAGCAAAAGAAAGAUUAAUUCUCUUUCUGCUAUUCAAGCAAAAAGAGUAGCUAAUCCAACUGUUUUUGAUGAGGUUAAGCCUCCAGAUUUUAUCAUUCCUCCUGAUAAAGUUGAAGAAUAUAAAGGUGAUUCUAAAUAA